AUAGCUAUAUUACAUUGUGGGGUGGAUAUUAUCCGAUCAUUAUCAUCAAAUGAGGAUUGGAUAAUGCUACACGCCCAAUCACUUUGACAACGUCAAUACCUGCCCAAACAUAGCGAUAGCUGGGACGGACCCGACAACCCCAACACACACACACACAUACAGCGCAAUAAGGAAAAAGCCCCACCCAACCCUAACCCCAACCCCAACCCCUUCUUGAUGUCCGCUUUCCAAUUAUUGUGACAAGUGAGAGAUAUCAUGGAGGCUGAGAACGAGGAGAAGCUCAUCAAAGGAACAAUCAUAUUCACCACCCUCGGCGCAUUGCACUAUGGAUUCGACAUAUUCUCCCUCAAAAUCCCCUCUUCUUCUCAUCAUCAUCUCUACCAAGGCGACGACGAGGAGGAGCACCGCGUCACCGACGGAGUUUCCAUCAACUUCAACGGUCAGUUUGUAGCCAACGGCGGCGAUGACGACGACGACGACUUCCCAGCCAUUGUCUAUGUAUCUGAGAGAAGCGGUUCACCCCGUAUCUACUUAUCUCGCCGUGCAACUGCGACUGGAUUCGCCGAAUCCCAAUUGCAACUGCCGUCUCCCCCACAAAGCCUAUUCCUCGACCGUCCCCUCCUUCAAAACGGCCGACUUUAUUUCAUUUCCGCCCACGAACCUCCCGACAAACCCUUCAAAUCCUGGUCUGCUCUUUACGCAGCCCCCCUUCUUCACGACAAUGAGGAGCCCCCCCUAGUCCGGCUUACGCCUUACGGUUGCGUUGAUUACUCUCCGGCUAUUUCUCCAUCCGGCAAGCUCAUCGCCGUCGCAUCUUACGGAUCUCGUACUUGGGGUGGUGAAUUUCGUGAUCUUCUCACCGAUAUCGUCGUCUUCCCGGACUCCGACCCCGCUAAGCGCACGAUCGUCUGUCAGCACGGCGGUUGGCCCACUUGGUCCGGAGACUCCACCAUUUACUUCCACCGCCAAGCUGACGACGGAUGGUGGAGCGUUUUCCGUGUCGAUCUCCCGGAAGAUCUCGGAAUCUCCGGCACCAUGCCAACCGCCCCUACCCGAGUCACCCCGCCGGGUCUCCACUGUUUAACCCCUGCGGCUAUGCACGACGAAUCCCGAAUUGCCGUAGCCACCCGCCGGCGAGAUAAGAAAUUCCGUCACAUUGAGAUUUAUGAUUUGCAGUCCCAGAAGUUCUGGCCAGUGACUGAGUUGCUAAACCCAAACUUUCAUCACUAUAAUCCCUUCGUUUCGUCGGAUUCAGGUUUCCUUGGCUAUCACAGAUUCCGAGGCGAGUCGGCCCCAGGCGAUUCCAUAAUUCCGCACAUCAGCUACGUGACGUCGCCCAUAAAACAACUCCGAAUGGUGAGGCUCAACGGGGCUUUCCCCUCCUUCUCUCCAAAUGGUGAUUUGGUGGCGUUCAAUCAGGACUUCGAUUCGAAUUCUGGUCUGAGAAUCGUCAAAUCGGAUGGUUCAAAGAGAUGGACGUUGCUCAAAGAGCGAAUAGCUUUCUGCAAUUCCUGGAGCCCCACAGAGGAAAACGUGAUUUUCACCUCGCUCGGGCCGAUCUUCGACUCGAUUAAAGCUUCGGUCCAAAUCGGGCGGAUAUCAUUCGAUUCCAGUGACCUCUCCGACGAUCGGGAGGAUAUCCCGGUCGACGUAAAGAUCCUCACCAGAGAAGACACAGGUAACAACGCAUUCCCUUCGUGCUCGCCCGAUGGAAAGUAUAUCGUGUUCAGGUCGGGACGUUCGGGGCACAAGAACCUGUACAUAAUUGACGCCGUGAAUGGGGAAUUUGAGAAGAGUGGGGGGAUGAUCCGUCAGUUGACGGAGGGGCCAUGGAUUGACACCAUGCCUAGCUGGUCUCCGGACGGGAAGCUGAUCGCAUUUUCUUCGAACAGGCACAACCCAGACAACAUUGAAGCGUUCAGCAUAUAUGUGAUUCAUCCGGAAUCGGGGGGCGUCCGGAGAAUUGAAGUGGAGGGAUGGGAGUCCGGAGAAUUGAAUAGGGAGAGGAUCAACCAUGUGUGCUUCAGUCCAGACGGGGAGUGGCUUCUGUUGACGGCCAACAUUGGGGGAGUGACAUCGGAGCCAGUGGCGAUGCCGAAUCAGUUCCAACCAUACGGGGACUUGUACGCGGUGAAAUUGGAUGGGAGUGGGCUGCAGAGGCUGACUUGCAAUGGGUACGAGAACGGCUCACCAGCUUGGCACCAACCCCAGGGGCAGAGGGGAGAAGGAGCUGCUGCAGGCGACAAGCUCAGGGGUGAAUUUGACGAGCCGCUCUGGUUACGUUGCGACGUUUGAUUAUUAGCACCACCGGCCGGCGGUAGCCGGAGGCACCCCCCCCCCCCCCCCCCCCCCCCCCUUUUCUCUAAUAUUGUGGAUCAAAUGAAUAAUAAAACGCGAGCUUCUUAUU